CGCAGUGGUGCCACUGCUCUUCCAUUCCUUUGUACGCUGCGGAGACUCGUCGAAGGGGGAAACGCUCUCCAUGGAGGAGGAAUAAGUGUACUUUCGUUUCGUCUUCGGCGUGGUGAAUCCAUGGACGCGAAGCGACUCCCAAGUGGCAAAGAGAAGAAGCUCAAAAGAAAGAAGGUACUUGAGAAGAAGAAAACAAUUGAUGAAAUAAUAAAGAAGGCAUCAUCUGUGAAGGACCAUCUAGUUUUCUUCCCACCAUUCUGUCACUAUGAAAGAAAUGGACUUUCAGUCUACUUGGAAUCGGGUCUCGGAGACCAACUCACCUCGCCUAUAAAAAAGUAUAUUCAAAAUCUUCUUAAGAUCAAUAUGGAAGCUCCAUAUGGUUCAGAGUGGCCGGCCGAAGAGAAAGUGAAGCGUAGAGAAAUGGUUUCUCCUGAUGCACACUAUAUAUUUGUUCGAAAAUCAACAAAUCAAACUCCUGUGUCUGAAAGUGAAGAAACAAACUGUGCUGGUCUGACAGGUGAUCAAAAUGCACUGGUCGGUUUUGUACAUUACCGCUUUAUUGUCGAGGAAGAUGUUCCUGUGGUUUAUGUAUAUGAACUACAGCUGGAGGCCUGUGCUCAGAGAAAGGGAUUAGGGAAGUUUCUGAUGCAACUGAUUGAACUUAUUGCACACAAGAAUCGCAUGGGAGCUGUGAUGCUGACAGUACAAAAAGCGAACAUCUUGGCAAUGAGUUUCUACACCAGCAAGCUGAGUUACACAAUCUCAGCCAUCUCCCCGUCACAGAUAGAUCCUCUGAUUGGAUCGGAGAAAAGCUACGAGAUUUUCUGCAAGACAUUUGAUUCUGAAGCAAAAGAAAAAAUGGAGGGAAAGCCACAGCAUGGUCGAUGAUGGAAUCCACAUGAACAUUUGCUCACCUCAUAGUUUCCUCAAUUGGGCUAAUUUUGUUCCAUGUACAAUUGCCCAUGAUUUGCGUUGUAUUCAUUCAACAAAAGAUUUUAUUGUUGAUUUUCUGCAAAAUUAUUUUUGCAUUCAUACAGAGGAAGUAACUGAUCAAACAUGAAGUAAAUGCCGUUCACUUCUUCAUCACUA